AUCGAGGAAGUUGGCACGAGAUUGGAUAACCAGAGAUUACCAUCAAUAGCCAUCAUGUUUACAUACAACAGAAAUUCAUACACCAACUUCCACCAGGAAACUGUUAUAGUUGGUGAAAGAACGAACAUUCCUCAUAAUUAUCAAUGCUAUGCAUUGAUGGCAAUGGUGACAAGUACACAGACUGUAGCAGCAAAUGAAUUAAUUACAAGUUCCUACUUGGGAAAAAACAAAGACGAAAGAACUAACACAGUUUUAGUAAAAAUGAUCAAUUGCAAAUAUCCAUCUUCUAAACAAACACACUCCAUAUUUAUGUUCUGUAUAGAUCCUUUCCAAAAUCCAAUUUCGCAUUGUCGCUCAACUGUUGUGUCUCUUCCGCUGUCUUGA